CUGCCAGCUUCCAUCAUCAUCCAUCUUUCCGCAGUUUGCCACGGUUACCACUUCCCACCACAUUCGCACCCGCUGCGGUUCCUACAAGCCCCAAUCGCUUCUCUAGAUUCCUUUCAAACAUCGAAGACGCUGUUUUUGUCGUACAAUUACCACUCUCUAUUGCCAUCAUGAGCGAAUACAAGCUCUCGGCACAGCUUCUAGGCCACGAAGCAGACGUUCGUGCUGUGAGCUACCCAUCAUCAAAUACCAUCAUUACAGCCUCUCGAGACUAUUCAGUGCGAAUUUGGCGUCAAUCCAAGCCUACCCCGCCUACGUUUGAAGCCUCCCUUCUCAGCAGAGGCUCAGAAUACGUCAACUCCGUCACAUUCAUCCCUCCGAACCAAAACAGCCCCGAUGGCUUGGUAGCUGCUGGCGGAAAGGACACAAUUAUUGAAGUCAAGUCCCCGAAAAGCAGCUCUAGCGACAAUGCCGAACGCCUGUUGGUCGGCCACGCUCACAACGUCUGCACCCUCGACGUCUCGCCCGACGGCAAAUACCUAGUAUCUGGAGGAUGGGAUGGACAAGCCCGUGUCUGGAACCUCGCUAUCUGGGAGACAGAAUUCACGCUAACUGGUCACGAGGGUGUGUCGGUUUGGGCUGUUUUGGCUCUCGAUGCCACAACCGUUAUUACCGGUUGUGCCGACAAGAGCAUUCGUGUCUUCGACCUAACAAAAGCUUCUGGCGGUGAAGUCACUCCGACGGCUACGAUUCACACACCGGAUGUUGUUCGCGCGCUGUGCCGCAUGGGUCCCAACCACCCCACUGGAGCUCAGAUUGCAAGCGCCAGCAAUGACGGUACCAUUCGCCUGUGGAAAUUGAACGGGCAGCAGGUUGCCGAGCUGCAUGGACAUGAGAGCUUUGUCUACUCUCUAGCUUAUCUCCCUAGUGGAGAAAUUGCCAGCGCCGGUGAAGACCGAACGGUGCGUAUCUGGAAGGGCAAGGACUGCGUCCAGACCAUCACACAUCCGGCCAUUUCUGUAUGGACAGUGGCUGUCAACCCAAAAACAGGCAACAUUGUUACUGGUGCUAGUGAUGGAAUUGCCCGUGUAUUUACCCGCCACCAAGACCAAUAUGCAGAUGCCGAGACACUUAAAGAAUUCGAGGAGUCGGUCAAGGCUUCCUCCAUUCCGCAACAGCAAGUCGGCAGCAUCAACAAGGAAAAGCUCCCUGGACCAGAGUUUCUACAAAACAAGUCUGGCACCAAGGAGGGUCAGGUACAGAUGAUUAAGGAGGAUAAUGGCAACAUCACCGCGCAUCAGUGGUCCAUGGGUCAGCAGCAGUGGAUUAAUGUUGGUACUGUUGUUGAUGCUGUCGGUAGCACAGGCAAGAAGGUGGAAUAUCAAGGCAAGUCAUACGACUACGUCUUUGACGUUGAUAUCGAAGACGGCAAGCCACCGCUGAAGCUUCCUUACAACCUAUCCGAGAACCCAUACGAACGCGCGACCAAGUUCCUAAACGAUAAUGAACUUCCUCUCACCUACCUCGACAAUGUUGCCAACUUUAUUACGCAGAAUACACAAGGUGCCACGCUAGGCCAACAGUCUGGUCAGGCUGAAGCUGAUCCCUACGGAACCGAGUCGCGGUACAGACCUGGGGAGGAUACGCAGCAACAGCAGCAGAUACCAAAGGUGCUCCCCCAGACGGAAUACCUCAGUAUUACUGCCGCCAAGCUCGACGCCAUUUUCAACAAGAUUUCCAACGUUAACAAGACCAUGAUUUCAUCCGGCCGAAAGGAUACUGCGCUGAACCCUGGACAAGAGGCAGCGCUACAGUCUCUCAAGGCAUCGCUACAGUCAUCUGGUGCUGUUUCAGCAGAUUCUGUCUCAGUAGCCGUCAAAAUCGUGACGGAGUGGCCGUAUGGUGAUAGACUUGCUGGUUUGGACGUGCUGCGGUGCCUGGCACGCUACCACACAGCCGCCAAGUUUGUCGACGCAGAAGGCAACUCGUUGCUUGACAUUGCCAUCCAGAGCAGCUUACCAUCUGAGGAAGCGCCCAACGAGAAUGCUGUCAUGAUGGGAUGCCGAACUAUUGCCAACUUGUUUGCGUCUGCUGAUGGCCGCAGCCUGAUCAGCAGCAACGUGAACAAGGUCCUGGCGUUUUUGGAGCGCACCUUGGGAGUAGAUGGUAGCGAAGCAAUUGGCAAGUUUAACCGCAACGUGCUAAUUGCUAUUACUACAGCGGCGAUUAACCUGUCGGUUUUGGUGCACAAGGAGAAGCUGUUGUCACCGGAGCAGCGCCGUCGCCUAUUGCUGCUUGCUGGUGCAGUUUUGCGGGACCAGAACGACUCUGAGAUUCUCUACCGCGGUCUGGUGGCGCUUGGAACUGUACUUACAGCAUCCAAGGCCGAGGCUGCUACUAUUGAGGGUAUGUAUGGGCUGGUUAAUGGUGCGGGAACGAAGAGCGACGAGGAGCGGGUAAAGGGCGUAGCGGACGAGUGCAAGACACUCAUUGCGUAAAAGCAUUUUAGCAAUAGCGACGAAUAAAACACUAUAGAUUUCCAUUUUUUGAUCUUUGGCCAAUUACUUUGAGCAUGUAGUUGAUAUUUACAAGUGCUUGGUUAUAUCGCAAGGUAUAUAUGAGUGUGUGUCUGUAUAUGCACACGAAAAGAGUACAGAAAUAACUAGAUAAAGAUGAGACGCCGUCCCAUCCCGUCCACUAAAAGAGCGUAAAACCGCCGUAUGUAAAAACUCCCAGAAACGCCAUUUUAAAUAAAGGGUCAAAUCCACCCAAACUAGCCUCUGCUCUGCCACCCUCUGCUCUACGUGCUUGUGGUCUGUUCCCACAGCGCAGACUGUCUGCCUGUUUACAGCAACAGCCACGAGACGGCAGCCAUGAGAGGAACAACGCCGAACCAACCCGCGCGCUGGAGUGUAGCCUCAGCGGCGGAGGUGACGUACUUGUUGGAGCCAGAAUCCUUUGUGGUAAUGGUGUAGACAUCGCCGAAGCCGAUCUGGGUCGAGUUAAAGCAGUUUGUCUCGUUGACCUCUGCGAUGCGCUUGUCGCCGGGCUCGGCAAAGAUGAUGUCGACGCACUGUUAAGCCAGGUGUGUUAGUUACUUGUCUCCCAGAGCACGAAAAGAAACGUACAGAGUAGAGAGCAGCGCCGUGCUGGGCGUGCUCGACAAUCUGGAUGGUGGCGAGAUCACCAGGCUUGACGCUCGCGUUGACGGGUAGAGGGACCUGCGUGAGGCAGACGGUGCCCGGGUACGGGUUGUUGGUAGGGCCGAUGAUCUGGAAGAGCUUGACCAUGGGGUUGGACAUGUUCUGGGGGCCAUUGUCAGGGCCGUCGGUGCCGAAGCCUAGGUUGACCUGGAUGUUGGCAAGGGAGUGGCCGCGGAACCAGCCGGGCUGGAAGGCGACGGUGCCGCCGGACGUGGGCCAGUAUGUUCUGUUUUUGGUCGUGCCGAUGCCGCCGC